AUGAUAUCGGACAUGCAAUUAAAUGCCAUGGCUCUUGGCUUCGGAUUUUUGAUGGUUACAUUGAUCGUCUGUUAUCAUGCAGUCGAUUCCACCUUCGUCAAAAAGUUGAAAUAA